AUGACGCCACAUUAUAAGAUACGAUUGAAACCCGAAUUGCAAUAUAGAAGAAAAUAUGAUAGCUCACGAUAUUAUUAUCAAUAUAACAUUAAGGAUCGAAUUAAUAGAAUACCAUUGAGAAAUGAAUUUCAAUUAAAAAUACAUCAGACAGAAAAUCUACCAUUUCAUAGAAUGCUAUCUGCACUUCGUCAAUAUUAUAUCUUUCAACAGAUAAUAUAUUAUGCAAGACAAUUAAAUCAUAUUCAGAAAAUAAUAAAUAUUUUAAAAUCGAUUCUGGAGAUAAUAAGUAAAUCAAGAUUAUAUUUAUUAAUUCGACCAAUUAUUAAUUUUAUAGAUACAGUUGGUUCAAUGUUCAUACAAUAUCCCUUAAAAUUUUCACCGACAUGUAGAACAGUUUCAAUAAGAGAAGUUAAGAAGACUACAUUAUUACCUAUGAUAAUUUUGCUUCAACCAAUGAAUCGUUUGAGUAAAAUAAUAAGACAAAAUCAAAUUCGAAAUUUCCCAUUACAAAAAUACCCUGUCAAUUCUCAUCAACAAAGGGUAAUACUUUCUCCAAUAAUACAUACAGCUUUACUAAUAACUACGUUUUUUAGCUUUGUCCUUUCGAUGUUCUGUUUAUAUGCAUCCUUAAUAUUAUACUGGGUAAUUACACCACGCAACGAUAGUAAAAAUAUCAUUUCAUCAAAUGAACAGACAGUGGCUUAUAUGCCAGAUCAACAUAUCACACACGAUAGUUUCAUGACAUUUUCUACACCAAAGAAAUUCGUAUCAAUCAAGUGGUCCUGUGAAAUAUCUAUACAUUCCAAUAAUUUACCAACUUUUAAUCUAUAUCCAAAAUAUCGUCUAAAACCUAGUAGGACUUAUGUUCAGGUAUAG